CGCCGCACGCUCAGCGCAGCGGACAAGUGAGCCAAGAGCCCGACUUCGACUGCCGCCCACUUGGAGCCGCAGAAAAACCUGGCUAACGGAGUCAAAGCCAACUGAGGAGCAGUCAGCUGAUUGGGCCGCCAACCCAUCCCAUUCCGAUGCUGAUGCUGAUGCCGCUGCCGCUGCCGAUUCCGAUUCCAUUCCAAGCACGCUGACGAUCCGCGAGAUAUAUAUCUUUUCAGUGCACAGCCGACGAGCGCAGCAGGCGGACGCAGCGCAGCAUUUUCUCCGUUCUCCGUGUAUUUUCGUAUGCCAACUCGGGACAUUGGAUAUACAGAUACAAAAAAAAAAAAACAGACUCCGAGAUACAAAGAUAUAAUAAUAUACCCACACACCGUGCCGCGCGACGCGUACUCAUAGAUAUUUUUAGCCACCGGCCUCACGCAUACCGCCGCAUCCAUUCGUCCCGUCGCACUGACACACGCGGCUUGCACGUUUUCCACGGAAAAUCCACUCUUCGAGGCUUUUCCUGCACCAGCACACCAGCCAACAAAAAGCAAGCAAAGUUCUUAUCAAUAAUUAAAUCGCCCAAAGCCGAAUCAAAAUCAAUUCAAGCCCCAACAACAAACUAGUUCUUGACUUGUCGAGGAAAUAAAACUGAAAACAAACCUCUUUUUUGUUGUGUUAAUAUGCCAAAUAUAUGCAUGAGCUAAUAACUUUAACUUGGAUAAAAAGCAAACAGAAAAUACCAAGAAGAGAUCGCAUAUCAGAAUUAGUUAGGUGACUAAUUAGUCGAUGCGCUGUCGGAAUUUCAAUUUGCAUACUUUUGCGCCACUUUAAUGAACCAAAAAUUAAAAUAAAAGCAUCAACAAAUCUUAAUCAGAGUGCGCAACUAAACGGAAAGCAACAGCCGCAUAUUGUUGGAUUUAUGAAAUCAAAAAGAUGAAGUCCAACACGUACGAGCUGCACAACUACGCCGAUCUGAACGACAUGGACAUGUCGGAGGAGCCCAAGGACUCCCGCAAGAGGAAGGCAGCCAGUGGAUCCCGAGGCGAAAAGUAUUCCCUGCGACAGAAGCGGCAGAAGAGGAGCCCCGCCGAUGAGGGACCAGCCAGCCUACCCGACUUUCACCUGGAGCUGGAUCACAUAGCGGAGCCCUCGAGUAAAUCCCGGAAAAAUGCAUCCACCAAGUCCAAGACGAAAGCACCGCCUUUGAGCAAGUACCGGCGGAAAACUGCAAAUGCCAGGGAACGAACUAGGAUGAGGGAGAUCAACACGGCCUUCGAGACCCUGAGACACUGUGUUCCCCAGGCAAUAACCGGCGAGGAUGCGGCCAACACCAACGAGAAGCUGACCAAGAUCACCACCCUGCGACUGGCCAUGAAGUACAUCACAAUGCUGAGUGAUUCCCUUAGGGAUCCCAGCUACGAAUCUGAGUUUAUAGGAGAGUGUUUGGAGGAGAGUGCCAAUAGGGAGGAGCGAGUGGAUUAUGACAUAAAUGAGGAGGCUGAGGUGGAGCUGGAGUUACCUGUUCCUGUGGCUAAGAAACCAGCCAAGGCCAAGGGAAGUGGCAAGAAGGGUUCCACGGCCAGCAAAAGACAGAGCCAAAAGCAGGCCAAGACGGUGCCCCAGGCUCAGGCUCCACCUUUGGUUAGUUCCGGGGAAUCCUGCUACGCCACCUCCUCCAUAGGAUCGCCCGCCUCCUCCGCCUACGCCUCCCUCUCGUCCUCCCUAUCCUCAUCCAAUAGCCAGAGCAGCAGUCCAGGCUUGGAGGUGGACAGUUUGGUGGGUCUGCACGAGAUCAGUGCCCUGGACUCCCUGCUCCUGGAGGCCUCCGAUGGGGAUUCGCUGUCCUGCUUGAGCCCCGGCUAUGGUAGCCUGCUCACUGGGAGCGGGGAAUCCCUGUUACCCAGUUGUCGAGGGGACCUGCCCAUGUCGUGCCUGGAGAAAUCCGAUGUGGAGCUCAGUCUGCGCUUACUAGAUCACAAAUCCAUGGACUCCUUCGACUUUGCCAGCGAUCAGCAGCCCUCGUCCUGUAUUGCCGCGUUCUCCUCGCUGGAUGGUUAUCCCUACAAUUUACUAGACACCGAUUUGACGGACAUGUUUCUCGCGUGACGCGUAUUUGUUAGUAACCCCACACUGAACUACUCUCUUCCUAAGCUUAACCCUCGUUUUAAGUUAGAGUGCAAGUUUUAACCCGACUUUCACACUUAGCCAUUAGCCAUUUGCGAUGCGCCCGAGUGGCGGAAUUCAUUGUGUCAUAGCGAGCAGCUCCGAGGAUACCCACUUACAGCCACAUCCUGCGAAGCGGAGGGCUGCUCACCGCCACAUCCACAUGAUAACUCAACUCAACUAGUGAUCUAAGCAUUUCUUUGUGACGCAUUUCUCGUUAUCGUGUAAAUAAAGCACCCAGUGUUGUUUCAUGAA